GUUGUUCAUGACAGCACAUGUCUGGUGAAGUUAUUUUGACUGUGGACAUUUCUAGCAGUUGCUCCUCAAUUUCUGAAAACUCUCAAAAUUACUCAGAUAUUGGGCACAUCUGGCUUUUUAAAAAGUGACAAAUGGACAAUAUGUCUAUUACUAACACACCAACAAGUAAUGAUGCCUGUCUGAGCAUUGUUCAUAGUUUGAUGUGCCAUAGACAAGGUGGAGAGAGUGAAACGUUUGCCAAGAGAGCGAUUGAAAGCUUGGUAAAGAAGCUGAAGGAGAAGAAAGAUGAAUUGGAUUCUUUAAUAACAGCUAUAACUACAAAUGGAGCCCAUCCUAGCAAGUGUGUUACUAUUCAGAGAACACUGGAUGGAAGGCUUCAGGUGGCUGGACGUAAGGGCUUUCCUCAUGUGAUUUAUGCUCGUCUUUGGCGGUGGCCUGAUCUUCACAAAAAUGAACUUAAGCAUGUUAAAUAUUGUCAGUAUGCUUUUGACCUAAAAUGUGAUAGUGUUUGCGUGAAUCCAUAUCACUAUGAACGUGUUGUAUCACCUGGCAUUGAUCUCUCAGGAUUAACACUGCAGAGUUCAGCUCCAUCAAGCAUGUUGGUGAAGGAUGAAUAUGUUCAUGACUUUGAGGGACAGCCGUCAUUAUCUACUGAAGGACAUUCAAUUCAGACCAUCCAGCAUCCACCAAGUAAUCGCGCAUCUUCAGAGACAUACAGCACCCCAGCCAUGUUAGCUCCGUCCGAGUCUAACGCUACCAGCACCACUAACUUUCCCAACAUUCCUGUGGCUUCCACAAGUCAGCCUCCCAGUAUAUUAACAGGGAGCCAUAGUGAUGGACUCUUACAGAUAGCUUCAGGACCCCAGCCAGGACAGCAACAGAACGGAUUUGCCGCUCAGCCAGCUACUUAUCACCACAACAGUACUACCACCUGGACUGGAAGCAGAACAACAGCAUAUCCCCCUAAUAUACCUCACCAUCAAAAUGGUCAUCUUCAACAUCAUCCGCCUAUGCCACCCCAUCCUGGACAUUACUGGCCAGUUCACAAUGAGCUUGCAUUCCAGCCUCCCAUUUCCAACCAUCCUGCUCCUGAAUAUUGGUGUUCAAUUGCUUACUUUGAAAUGGAUGUGCAAGUAGGAGAGACAUUUAAAGUUCCUUCCAGCUGCCCAAUUGUUACUGUUGAUGGAUAUGUGGACCCUUCUGGAGGAGACCGCUUUUGCCUGGGGCAGCUCUCUAAUGUUCACCGAACAGAAGCUAUUGAGAGAGCAAGGUUGCACAUAGGGAAAGGGGUGCAGUUGGAAUGUAAAGGAGAAGGAGAUGUUUGGGUCCGAUGCCUCAGUGACCAUGCAGUCUUUGUCCAAAGCUACUACCUAGACAGAGAAGCAGGGCGGGCACCAGGAGAUGCCGUUCACAAAAUUUACCCAAGUGCAUAUAUAAAGGUAUUCGACUUGCGCCAGUGUCAUCGUCAAAUGCAGCAGCAGGCCGCCACCGCCCAAGCCGCAGCAGCGGCGCAAGCGGCAGCGGUAGCCGGAAACAUCCCCGGACCGGGCUCAGUAGGUGGAAUAGCUCCUGCCAUCAGCCUGUCCGCCGCUGCCGGGAUUGGGGUGGAUGAUCUUCGUCGCUUGUGCAUUCUCAGGAUGAGCUUUGUGAAGGGCUGGGGACCCGAUUACCCGAGACAGAGCAUCAAAGAGACACCUUGCUGGAUCGAAAUUCACUUACACCGGGCCCUCCAGCUUCUAGAUGAAGUACUUCAUACCAUGCCUAUUGCUGACCCUCAGCCUUUAGACUGAACUCUCACUGCUGUGGCCAUUAUAUUGUCAGGACAGUGGACUGUAAAAUGCAAUCCUGUUUAUAACCUGAAAAUAUAUUUCACUUUUGUUCUGCUUAAUCUUUUCACAAAAGGUUUAAAAUUGUGUUUGCUGCCUUGCUCCUAGCAGACAGAAACUGGAUUUUUUCUUUUAGAACUUUCCAGUCAUAAUACGUGGCUCAGAGCUUGAAGUAGGAAAAAAAUCAUAGACCGAUUAGAAACCUCACCGGUUGUAUAUGAAGGAAUCAUUCCGAUGCUGGAAAAUUUAAUCCCUGGCAGAUUAGAGCCUUUUAUGUGCAGAAUAUAUAUAUAAAUUAUAUAUAUGAUAUACUACAUAUGAAAUUUUAAAUUGCUAAUGUUGAAAUGCGAGUAAGAUUCUCCCAAGUUAAUUCACCUAUAUCAUUCUGUAUAUUAAUAGUUAUUGUUAAGCAGAUAUUUUAAUCAGAAAUGUUGUGCCAUGUGGGUGAAUUAAUAUUACUAAGAGUAACUUUACUCUGCAUUUUAGGAAGUUGGGUAAUGAAAGCGUAACAAUAUAAUCUAUAUCCUAAACAGUUUUCAGAAAGUUAAACGAGCAAAGACAGAUUUUAAUUUUAAUUCAAGUUGCCUUGCAACUUCGGUUACACAUUUGCUAAGGCAAACACUAAUGUGUAUAUAUUUGAAAAUUCCUUCUAAUAGCCAUAGAUACACAAAACUACAAAAUAUUUUAAAAUUAAGUUUUGUUCCAUUUUUGCUAACUAGGAUUAGCCGGAGGCAUUUCUCUGCCCUGUUUGAAAAAAUAGUACAUGUUUUCUUUCUAGAUUUCUGGGCAUUAAGUCCGGCAACUUAGAAGUCUGGACAGGAAUUCAGUGAUACAUAUAGAGAAGUUUUUGUAUUUUUAAAACACUAAGAGUUGAAUGUCACUCUACUUAAGUAUCCCACGUUCUGCAAAGCUGAUAAAGCUUAAUCGAAAUAAUAACAUUUGGGAACUGGUAAGUUCCAUGUUAAACUGCAGAAUAAAGGAAUUGUUGCAAUUGUUCAUAAUGGGUGGUUUGGAUAUUUUUGUACUUCAUUUGACAUGUGAUUUUUCGUACACAGUUUAAAUCAUGUAUGUUAUGACAUUGUUUAAAAUUCAGUUUUUGUAUCUUGGGGCAAGUCUGCAAACUUGUUUUUAUACCUUUUGGUUAUUCUAUGCCCUAGGCCAUCAAUGACCAUAUCAAUUGGCAAUGACUUUGUAUAGAGAAUUUAAAAAAAUAGAAAAAUUUGCAAAUGUAUUGACUGUACAACAGACACAAUAUGUAUGCUUUUUAUCUAGCUAAUACUAUAAAUAAAACUCUGGAAAUCCCAAUCUACCGAA